AUGCCCGAAAAUGAAGAACAGUGGCUAUGCGAAUCCAAGAAAUUUGAAGAGAAGUGGGACUUCCCCCAUGCUGUUGGAGCCAUCGACGGAAAGCAUGUAGCAAUACAAUGUCCGCCCAAAAGCGGGAGCGAAUACUUGAACUACAAGUCCUUUUUCAGUUUUGUAUUAUUUGCGCUUGUCGACGCUGAUUAUAACUUCAUGUUUGUGGACGUUGGAUGUCAAGGCAGGAUUUCAGAUGGUGGAGUUUUCAAAAAUUCUCAGUUGUACGACAAUAUUGAAAAGGGCAACUUGAAACUUCCCCGACCAUCUCCACUGCCGAAUUCGAGUAUCCCCAGCCCGUACGUCAUUUUGGGGGGACGAUGCUUUUGCAUUGAGUGA